AUGCGAAAUAAGCACUACCUGCGCCUGGUUGGCUGCAUAGCAACUGCUGGCGUGCUGGCUAUACUCUAUAUUUUUGGCGUACCUCAACUGGCCCGCUUUCGUUUUAGGUUGGACUUGCCGCCGUAUGACUGGGGCGUUUAUGGCGUCGCACCGUUCCGAAGCUACCAGUCGUGCAGCUUGACAUCACCAAGACUGGAAACCUUACAGUGGAACCCUCGAUGUAACUCGGAUUUCACCUUCUUAGCCCCACGAGGCUUUUCGGUUGCAGAGCCUAGUCUCUUGAUUCUCGACGCACAGGGGGAUCCCGUAUGGGUGGAUUAUAGUUGGGGUGAGGUUCACGAUUUCAGGGUUCAGCGGUUCCAAGGAAAAGAUUACUUGACCUUCUGGGCGGGUGUUCAGCGUGAUAUUCAUGGUCAGGGAUCAUGGUAUAUGCUCAGCUCCUCCUAUCAACUCCGUUACAAGAUUUCUCCCGUGGGGAGAAACCUCUUGGGCGACCUUCACGAAUUUCAAAUAACCGACAGCGGCACGGCUCUUGUCACAAUAUACGAAUCUAUACCAUUCGACCUAACAGCUAUAGGCGGUCCGUCAUCAGGCUGGAUCUAUGACUGUCUGUUUCAGGAGAUCGAUAUUGUUACGGGUGAAUUGUUGUUCGAAUGGCGGGCAUCAAAUCAUUAUCCCAUCAGUAGCUCUUUUCUGCCUAUGGUCGGAGGAGAUAUGUCUAAACCAUUUGAUGCUUUUCACAUGAACAGCGUCGACAAAGACAUCCGAGGAAACUAUCUGGUCUCGAUGCGACAUACACAUACCGUCAGCAAUAUUGAUGGGAAGACUGGAGCAGUCCUGUGGACCCUGGGUGGCCGUUUGAAUGACUUCAGCGAUGUAACAAAUAGCGGUGCUAAAGAAUUCUCAUGGCAACACGAUGCACGUUGGCGUGGUGAUAAUACUAUCACCCUGUUGAAUAAUGCAGCACGUGAGUUUGACAGUCCUGGGCCAUACAGCUAUGGCAUGGUCAUUCAGCUCGAUAUUGAAGCUCGCCAAGCCACUCUGCAAACUAUAUAUUCGGACUCUCAACGAGUCCUAGCAACAUCGCAAGGAAACUUACAGGUACUGCAAAAUGGCAAUGUGUUCGUUGGCUGGGGCCACAGUGCUGCAUUCACCGAGUUCACUCCCGAGGGUGAGAUCUUAUGUGAUGUCCAUUUUGGAGCAUCGGCAUACUUUAGUUUUGGACGUAUUGUCUCUUACCGUACCUUCAAAGGGUCUUGGAGCGGGGCACCUUUGACCAAACCAAAGGCAAAGAUGAUCGACGGGGGAGUCUACGUCAGCUGGAAUGGUGCCACAGAUGUAUGGGAAUGGCAAUUAGAAGUCGCUGACCAACCUCAGAGUGAGAAGCCCACAUUCACCAAGUUGGAAAAGACUCGAAAGAUUGGGUUUGAAACCAAGAUAAGCUCACCAACUGCCAAUCAAUAUACGGAAUUCCGAGUCGUUGCUCUGGAUGCUCACGGAGUGGUACUGGGCGUGACGGAAACAAUGAAAACUGAGGCCAUGUUACAAGGGAACUCUUCCAAACUCCGGAUCUUGCUCACUAUCGCUUUAAUAUCUUGUGCCUUCUUGGCCGUCUGGUUUUUCUGGAAGCGAUAUGGGCCUUUCCGAAUAUGGCCUUGGAGAUACCAGGUAUACCACACAGUUCCCUCCGACAAGAGCAGUUGA